UCUUGCCUGAGAGAUUUCACUCAGGGUAAAAUAACCCUUUGUUAAAAUUGCGCUCGGAAUUGUGGGUAAGACAUGGCUGCGCCCUGAACCUAAGAAACUGCACCACCUUUACCCAAAUGUGACAAUUGAAUUGUUUAAGAUACAAAACAGUUGACAUUGUCGGUGUCGUGCAUAAACUGUGAAGAUGUCGGAAAAUAUCCUGAAGGAGGGCGUCGCUGGAAAGACGCUCACACGAGCAGUAAUUGCUGAAAUGCUGGCGAAGAAUUUCGAGAGACUUCCUGACAUUGAUCAGAAACUCUUCCUCUAUGGACCCAUGUAUCUGGGUGGCAACGCUGGUCUUGCAGGACUAGUAGCCAACAGCUUGUACCGCAGAACCCUGAACGUCACGCAGGCUGCGGUCACCUCCAGCCUGCCGAUGGCCGUGCUGCCCUUCCUCACAACAUUUGCCCUGUACAACGCAGCGGUGUCCAGCCCCCUCCUGUCCGGCGACCUCAACUGUCCCUCCUGUGCCCUGCUAAGAGGUGCACUUGUCGGUGUGGUCGGCGGUGGGGUGUACCCCAUCCUCCUGGCCUUACCUGUGAAUUUCGGCCUCGCCUCCAGGUACAGCACAGCACCGAUGCCAGAGAAGGGUAAUGUCCUCCGGCACUGUGUGGACCUCUCCAGACCGAUCAUGAGGAGAAUGAGGGCAGUCCUGGUGCUCCAGGCCUUUUUCGGGACCUACCUGAGCUCCAGGAACUUUGAAACGUACACAAAACUGGCCCAGAUCACAUUUGGCUCAGGUGGAGAGGAACUCGAAGACUCAAAUGUAUAAACAUCUAAAUGAAUUGGUUCUUUUGCGUUGUUGCAGGUUUGUUGCGUGAGUUGUAUGAUGUAAUAAUAAACCAUUUCAUAAGGAAUGGGUCUGUGAUUAAAACAUAAUUGUA